AUGUCUUGUUUCUCCAACCUAUCUCGGACUUCCACCGCAUCUCGACUCUCCUGCGCUUACUCCUCCUCUCUACACAGGCUUCUCUCUUCUUGCAAGCCAUCCUCCCUCACUCCUAUGGUGCACAACAGCAUCAUUUUGACAAGUGCAACCCCUUCGUCGCCCCGAUCCUACGCCUCGCUUUCCAGCUUCUGCUCCGGCGACAAUGGCGCCGUCCACCAAUGUCACCAAGUUGACCCCCAGCAUCUGGUGCCUGACAAGGAGGCUGACGCCUCUCCGAUCUGCGGUACGAACGAAUGCACCUUUGAGCACAAUUUCGCUGGAAACCGUCCCACUGCUUGUCUCGACUCGAACAUCCGCCAUACACAGGCGACCCAGCUGAUUGCAGUGAAGGAAGCUGACUCCUUCGUAGAGGCUCAAGAGGCUGGACUGGGAGAAAUGGCCCUGUGCACCGAGCCAAUGGAGGCGGUUGAAGGCGCCGGAUAUAGCUCCGCGCUGGAUAAUGAGGAUAAACUCAGCAACUCACACUUCAUGGGAUCUUCAGAAGCCAUGGGAUCAGUGGAUCUCAUUUUUCGAAUUGUCUACUCGCCUGCGGAGCCGAGAUCUGACAUAAAAAAGGCCAAAGUCGAGGACAACUGGACCCGCACUGUGCGGCUACCUUGGCUGGCCGGUACCAGUCUCUCGGCGCCCAUGCUUCCCGCGCCGGCAUUUUGUGCUCUUCCGCAAGUCUCAGAGCCAGCCACGUCGGAUUCAAGUGAGACGGCCUCACAGUCGACCAAAGCAAGAACCUCUGGCGACACUCUGGCCCAUCCGAGCUACACUUCUUGCCGCGACGCAUCGUCUGCAAGUCCACCGAAUCCGCCAGCCGUCUUGGGAGAUCGUGGCUGCCAAACGAGACGGCCUCAAGCUUCAUUGGGCUCGAUGCAAAACACGCUGGAGGACACCUGCCAUUCAAUGCGUAGCCAGAUAAUCUCCAGAUCCUUUUAUGGAUGUACGUUAGACUAG